AUGAGCUCAAAUGAAACUAACAUUCAGAUUGCUUUUCUUUGCUAUCCACUCUGGCCGGACUCCUGUCUGAAAGUACAGCGUUACAUUUUGGUUAAAGUGGCGAUGUAUGUUUUCAUGGUGCUGAUGAUCCUCACAACAGUUUUUGGGAACCUGCUGAUCAUCAUCUCCAUCUCUCACUUCAAACAGCUUCAGUCUCCAACUCAUCUGAUCGUUCGCUCUCUGGCUGCCAGCGACUGUCUCCUGGGUUCUUUAGUCAUGCCAAACAGCAUGGUGCGAUCUGUUGAAGGCUGCUGGUAUCUGGGAGAUUUUGUGUGCAAAGUGCAUGCUAGUUUAGACACAAGCUUCUGCAUCUCCUCUUUACUGCAUCUCAGUUUAGUAUCUGUUGACAGGUACAUGGCCAUUUGUGACCCUCUCAGAUACAGAAUGAGGGUCACAAACAACACUGUGACUGCAUUUAUUAUCUUCAUAUGGCUGUUUUCAUUUGUGUACAGCUUUUCUGUUGUGUUUUCAGGGGUAAAUGCAGUUGGACUUGAGAUGAUUAUAUUGCAGACUCAUUGUGUGGGAAGUUGUGUUUUGUUAUUUAACAAGCAAUGGGGUAUUAUAUGUCUAAUUCUCACAUUUUGUCUUCCCGGGACGAUCAUGAGCUCUCUGUAUAUGAAAAUAUUUUAUGUUGCCCAAAAACACGCAAAGAUUAUGUCAGAAAGAGUGACUGGAGGGAUGAAGAGCCAAAGCUCUGCUCACAGAGAGAGAAAAGCAGCUAAAACACUGGCCCUUGUCAUGGGUGUUUUUUUGUUCUGCUGGCUUCCUUUUUUUACUGUUACUGCUCUUGACCCUUUUUUCAAUUUUUUCACCCCAGCUGUUGUUUUUGAUGCUGUGAUUUGGUUUGGAUAUUUAAACUCUACUUGUAACCCCUUGAUCUAUGGUUUUUUCUACCCUUAUUUUCAGAGUGCAUUUAAGAUUCUCAUUUCCACUUACAUCUGUGGUAUCAAGGAUUGUAACACUUUGGUAUUUUAA